GCAGGAAGGAGGGCGAGCGCGGGGCUGGCGGCUGCUGAGGGGCAGGUCGGGCUCCUCGGAGGGGGCCGCCCGCGCGGCCGGGGCCAUGGCCCUCAGCAGGCGGGAAGUGUUCAUAGGGAAAGUACUGAAACGACUCUAUGCUGAAACUUCAUCAUCUUCUCUUGUGCACACUUCAAGUAGAGAAGAGGAGGCGGUUCUCAGAAAUCUGGGCUCAAAAUCCAAAGAAAAGAAUUUGGAUGAUGUUCAGACUUCAUCAGCAGAUGUUAGCGCAUCAACUGAUACACCCUGUGAAUCAUUUCAAGGUAGUGACAAUACAAUUCUGUCUCCAAGGAGAAUGUACACAGUGAAUCUUCCUCCAGAGGGUUACGUUGCAGUUACUCCAGAUGCUAUUAGUAUUUCAGUUUCUGAAAACUCAAACAGUAGUGCUGACUCAACAGUGGAGGAAUAUCAAGGACAAACCAAGAGAAAGCGCCUUCGAAGGAAGAAACAAAAGAGCAGUUUGCAAAACUCUAAUAAUUUACAUGGAGAACAAACAGAAUCUGGAAUGCAAGAGACUAUUGUUCAAGAUAAUUUACAGCUGCAGCAGAUAGACAGUCCCAAAAUAAGCAAAAACAAAAAGAGGAAAAUGAAAAAGAAGCGACAGAAAGAAAAAAUGAGAGCAGCUGGCUUGAUAACAAAAACUACCGGUGUCGAUUUUACAUAUCAGCCUGACAAAAACAACAGAGAAGAAGCAGCAGGCUUAAAAGACAUAGAUGAAAUGACAGAUAGCAUUCUGGACUUCCUGCAGGCAACACAACAAAUUUAUUUUGCUGACAAUAAAUCAGAAUGCACAGAUUCUGCUGUAAAUUCAGCAACUGCCCAAGAGCUUUUACAAUAUCUUGAAUCUCGCACCAUCUCUUCCUCAGAUGUGACUCUUCUACAUCAGUUGAAAUCCCUUGUAUUGCUCCAGGAUAUUGAGAGACUGAAGGAUGCUUUGAAACAAUUCCAAGAACAAUCCAUGAUGCCUCCUGAUCAUACCAAGAUAGUCACGUCUCUGUUUCACUACUGGAUUACAGAUAUCCUUCCUGUGAAGAACAGGAAAUAAAGCCUUGCCUGUGUCCAUAUGCCCAGGGUUAAAAUUUAAUAUACAAACUCUUAACCAAGUAGCAAUUGUUCAGGAAGAGCAGUGUCAAUACACGUUCUACACCUUCAGAAAGUCAUGUGGCACUACGUAACUUCACAGGAGUCUAAAUAGCACAAGGUGUAAUGGUUGUCUGCUGCUGUCAACAAACAUUUCUUCAGUUUUCUACAAGAACAAGCUUUAAUUUUUUUGUGCAAGGCUGGAAAUUUAAAGGAAAAUCUCCACGUUCUGUGUAUUUCCAGAAGAACACAGUCUCUGCAGCAUUAGCCUUGUCCUGCUCUGGGCAGCGAGCCCAGGCACUCUCCUGUUUGUGCAGGAAAGUUAGCAUGGGGCAUACGGUGAGAAACAAGAACAAGAAAAAAGCCUUUGCCUUUUUACAGUAUAGAUUUUCAUCCCAAAUGCGCUUGGGCAGGUACGGUGACUUGUAUUUACUGAUACGCUUUCCAUUAACUUCAGUCAGCUCCCAAAUUUAUGUCAAUUGUUGCCCAUUAAUAGAGUAUUUCCUAUAGCUAAGGUACACAGCACUUAAGGUACAGCAUGGGGUCACUGUGCAAGUUGCAUAUUUAAAGAAAACCAGCAACAGAUUGGCAGGUUCCCAGUCUCUUGCUUUUAAUAUUUAGAUUGACUCUAUAGGACUAGUUCAACUCAAGCUACCUUUUUGUGAAUGAGACAUAGCUCCACUGGUGCCAGCAGGGUUCACGUGGUAUAAACGUGGUGCAGCGAGAGGAAAAUGAGAUCUGCCUGCUGCAUGCUGUGUAAGCCAGAGCCUCAGAAGAAAACAGCAUCAUUCCUUUAUAUAACGUUAAUUAAGCAUCUGCUGAAAAGUAAAUGAGUUAUGAGAAUUCUUGAUAAGUGAUUUCGUUGUGGAAUAGCUAAUGUAGAAUAUUUCUCCAAGUAGAAACAUUUCAUGUUUCUGCUCUUUUACAGCAGGAAUAUUUCUCAGAGAGCUUUAGGCUGCUGUAGCAGAGACAAAAGGGGUGUAAAUCAGGGCUGUUCUAUGGCACACUUGUGAUGAAAACCAGUGUGGGCUCACUGGUGCUAUACUGACUUACGCCACCUGAAGAUUUUUACCCUGCAUGUUUAGAAGUGACUGCAACUGGAGCCAAAUUCUGCCUUGCUGUCCUUAUUCAAGGUUGCACGUAUUGAUAAUGGGAAAAAGGAGCUUUCUCAGCGCAGGCUAUCCAUGGACACUCCUAAAAGAAAUAGAAAUUAAUUUUGUAGGUUAGAUUUUACCACCAUCUCUCACAUUGUGAACUAUAUGACCCCAGGAGCAGAACUGAAUCCAAGCUCACUACACUGAAAAGAAAUCACUGUUAACAGAAAAUAGUAAUAACAAUAAUAAUAAGUAUUAGAUUAAGUAUUUUUUAGAGGUAAAGCUUUAGCAGUAGAAAAAGGGGCAAGAACAUGCAUAAUGCUGAGUGAAAGAGAACACUAGCAGAAGAGAAAGAACUUAUUUUUAAAUGUGCCUCCAAAUAACCCUGUUAUUUUAGCACCUCCUCUCAACUCGGGUCAUGGCUGCAUUAAGCUUCCUACCCAGUCAGGUUGCCCUAGGGGCAUAAAUAUAUGCUCUAAGUUACAUAAAAGCCAUCCAAUCCUAUUUGCAUUGUCACUCUACGAUACAAAAUGCCAUAAUGACCUCCUUUUUUUAUGUCCAGUGCUAUCUAUAAAGCAGGCUUAGGCCCUUUUGUUCUUAAGGAGGUCAGCUGUCGCUUUGCUCUCUUAAUGAUCUUCAGGCAUUCCCAGAGAGUUUCCCAAUAUUGCAAGACAUACCUGGCCCCUGGCGGGACAGUUGGGGCUCUGCCAACACCUAAGCGGUGCAGAGAGAUCCCAUGUGACAGGUUAUACAACUCAGCUGGGCUUUAUAUACCCCUAGGACCUUAAGCAUGUAAAGGGCUCCAGGGCAGAGAGCAUCAGGGGCUGAAAUUCUGCGAAGACUCAGAAAUGAUGCUUAUUCCUCUCCGGAGAAUGACACCUGGGUAUAUAAGGUUGUUGCAGACUCAAGCUGCAGGAAAAAUCGUUGUCAACUCAUCAGACACGCUGCUGCAACGGGCGGCAUUGCUGCUGGGAAUGUUUGGGAUCAGUAUAUCCAGCUACAGCACACACCAGCUAACUCAAAAGAAGAGAUUUCCCUUGACCCUUUAAGCUGCCUUGGGAUGUGACCCAAGAAGUAAAGGCUUAUGUCAGUAGUGCUGAUGAGUGGCUUUUCUGCCUCAGUUACUGGUGUGGAGGUAAUGAGACACUUUGCAGCCAUGACUUCUACAUGCAAAGGUAAAAAGAUGGAAGAAUUACAGACUUCUUCAAGAAAGAAAAAAAGAAAAAUGACUAGCAGAGGCAUCAGAUUUCCCAAUAAGACGAACUGUCUGUAAAUACAACGGACUUUUUUUGUAAUCCAAUGUAUACAUAGGGAGAUCUAAAGGUAUAAAAUACAGUUAAAAUCAGAGUAGGUGUAAACAAAUCGAUGGGGGUGCCGUGCUUCAUUAGUGUCACCUUGUUGCAGCUUUUGCAUAUUGACUCCUAUGCGAAGACUGGUUUUGAAAAGGAAAAGUUAGAAGCAAUAUAUUCGUCAUGACAAGAGUCAGACCAAAUAAAAAUAAUCUCUCAUAGACUCUUUGUACUGUUAGAUCUAGCUAGAUAUGUACAUUUGUGUGUAUUACAGAAUUGGUGUACUCUAACCCCUCCUAUUGAAUCUUAAGCAUUGUUUGAUGCCUUUUGUGUAGAAAUGUUUGUGUAUUGUAACGCAAGCUGGUAGCCUUCUGUAACAGCAGAGAUGGCCACAGGCUACACCAUCCGUAUGGUGUUGGGAAGGAACCAUGGCACCAGACCAGAUAACUUCGUAAUGUCGUACAGAAACUCUCUGCUCUAGAAAGCAUCAGUAAAAGUAUUGGGUUGGGUUUCAUUGCAGAGUUCAUUAUCUGAUCUUAUUGCUCUGCAAAGCCCACUCAUCCCAUAAUAUACAUUCUGAUUAAAAUAAAAAUAGAGAUUGACUUUUUUUGCCCUCCUUUUCCCUUGUUUUCUUGUUCUUCUCACUCGAUGCAAUAGCUUAUUCAGGAAUGUUCUCUUACUAUUGGUUUGCAUUUUUCCAACUGUUUCUGAUGUUUUAUGUAAACAUGGCUUUGUAGGCUCUUCUGUGCAUAUGUUAGCGUUCAAAAUCCUUUGUUCUCGGUUACUAAAUACAAAUAUUAUUUUUGGGUU